AUGAUUACUUCAUUUAGGUUUAAGUUAGCCAACAUACUAUUAUGUUGGAAAACAAACACUGCAUCAAUCACUACAAUCGUUGAAGAAACUGACGAUGACACCAAUGGAAAUCCUAAUGAUGUUCAAAUAUUGGAAAGUCUAGAUGAUAUAGAAAACUCAAAACAAAAAAUCCCAUUAUCGGUUCAAAUGAAAUACAGAUCACUGAUAUUUAUUCUUUCUAAUAUGAGCUUACAUGAGUUAACAUCUGGACUUUGUAGCUUCAUUAAAUCCAUCAACUACACCGAGAUUUUAGAGAAAGUAUGGAUCCAAAGUUCAAAGCCAUAUCCGAUAAGCUUGUCUCUUAGAAAACUACAAGGAAUGCUAAAGGAUGAUUUACCUAUGGACCGAGAUUGCUUUAAUUUGGUCAUACGGAAGUUUAUGUUUGAUGACAUCCAAACGGCACAAAAAACAAAACAAUUGAUAGCAAAACAUUAUAUGGACAUGAAAUUUUGGAUGACUACUGAUUUUGGACGACACCCAGAUUUUCGUAAAAAGUUAGAUGUCGAACAACUAGCAAAUUCUGUUCGUAGUUGGCCUGGUAUCAAAUAUAAUGUUUCAAAAUGCAAAUCGAUCCAUAUUCCAGUACAAUCCAACAAUGAUUUCAUUCUAUUCACAUUGGACAAAGAUACCAGAACAGUGUAUAUUUUGGACCCUGCUCCUAUUAAUCCCAUUUACAGAUGCAACCCACUCGCAAAAUAUGUGCACAAAAUUAUAUGGAUUGCAGAACACUUACCAAAAGCAAUGUCAAAGGCAUGCCCUGGGUCUAGAUGGAACGAGAAUAUUCUUCUGUGGCAUCAAAAAAUCCUAGAUGAUAUUCCAAUUUACAACAGGGAACUUUCCGGUUAUAUUGUUCCCCUGUUCAUGUCCACAUGGGAAGAUGAAAGACCACAUUUGCCAUUUAUAAAGGAUGGAUAUGAACUCAGAAAACUAAUUUUGGGCCAACUAUUAACAUUCAAGGACAAUGAAUGUGAAGAUAACAUGCCUGCCGGUGUACUUGAAUUCAUCAGUUGUAUCAGGAAAAUCCAAUUUAAAUCUGGACAUGCAUGCUAUUUCUCAAAAAAGAAGCUCCGCUAUUGGCUAGUUGUUGGAUGGCAUCUCUGGUGGUAGUUUUAGAUAACUACCAAAUGAAAGGGCUUCUCAUAAUUCAUUGGAUAUAGACCAGCGGGGUCAAUUACAUAUAGUUGAUUGUAAAUGACUUUCAAUUUCUAGCUUACAACGAAAUCUAGACAUGUACUCUUUAAUAGUAUUCUGUGCUUGAUGAUGGUCUUAUAUAUUGGUUCAAAUUAUCUUGUUA